UAGACUGGAGUCGUGUGGGUUACUUGUGGAUUAUUGUAAUGUUUUUAUCAGCUGUUUGGACUCUCAUUCUGACGGCACCCAUUCACCGCAGAGGAUCCUUUGGUGAGCAAGUGCUGUAAUGCUUUAUUUCUCUAAAUCCAGUACAAUUAAGAAACAAUCGUCACCACAAUUUGGAUGGCCAGAGACUUCUGCAGCAGCAUACUGGGCUCCGUCUCCCCCUCCCCAGCCGAGGCGUCUGCCUUUAACUGAUCUUCUGCCAUGUCUCAACCACACUGGACUGACAAACUGCAUUCAGAACCCUCCUGGACCUGAAGCUCUAGAACAUAAGGCAGAUCAGUAUGAGGCUGACAACGUUGCUUUCUAUGGCAGCAAAAGCUGCAUUUCCACAUGAUUAUCGUUAUGGGACAAGCAGACCGUGGACGAUCGCAGCUCAGCGGCUCAAUCCACCCGGCAAAAAAAGAAGAAAGGUGUUUGUUGAACCUAUUGCAAAUGAGGACUGGCGUGUCCUGAGAGGAGACACAGUGGAGAUUUUGUCAGGAAAGGACAAAGGAAAGCAGGGCAAAGUUGCUCAGGUGAUCCGGCGUCGAAACUGGGUUAUACUCGAGGGCCUGAACACGCAUUACAGGUAUAUUGGAAGAUCUGGAGAUUACCGGGGUACUUAUAUCGCCAGUGAAGCCCCUCUGCUGCUGAAGGAUGUUACAUUAAUUGACCCUACCGACAGGAAGCCCACAGAUAUUGAAUGGAGAUACACUGAAGAGGGCGAGCGAGUGCGUGUUUCUGUCAGGACGGGACGGAUUAUUCCUAAACCAGUCUAUCAGAGAAAAGAUGGCAUCAUUCCCCAGCAGUGGAAAGAUGGACCCAAAGACACAUCACCGGAAGACACACUUCAGAAAACAUACACGCCGUCUUUGAAAACCCUUGAGGAAGAAGUUAUGGAGAAAAUGAACAUUCAGGAAGAUAGGAGGCCUCGUAAAAGCUACUGGUACUGAGUUACCACAGAGACUGUGUAUUGAAUUUGUGUUUGAGCUUAACAACAUUAGCAAGAUAAUUUAUCAUGAAAAAGUGUAUGUGUUCUGCAGACCUUGUCAAUAAAGUGUUGUACUCAGUUUCUUUGCUUUUAUGCCACACCAGCUGAUACAAAUGGUUUGUUUUUUUGUACAAAUGUACAUUACCAUUCAAAAGGUUAAUGUCAGUAAGUUUAAAAAAAAUACUUCUUGUCAGCAAAGAUGUGUUAAAUUGAUAAAAAAUACAUGUGUAAUGUUACAAAUCAUUUAAAAUA